AUGGCCUCUGGAGGAUCAUCCAUUUAUAAGGGAUCUGACCUGAUUCGUGACUACAAUUGUUCCAAGUGUGAGGAAGAUGACUUAAACACUGAAGCCCAACACUUCUGUCCACAAUGUGAACACUAUCUGUGUGACAAGUGUGUGGGCGUGCAUGGGGUUUACUUCAAGAAGCAUACUGUGUACGGGCGUAGAGAAAUACAGAUGUGGUCGGGGUUCUCCCUAGAUAAAUGUGACCAACACGGAGACAAGCUUAAUGUCCACUGUGAUGACCACAAGGAAUUAUGCUGCAGUGUAUGUGUGGCUCUCAACCACAGGCUAUGUAGCAGUAUCAGUCACCUGCCUGACAUGGCGAGGGGCUUCCUGAAAACAAAAGAAUUCAAGCAGCUGCCAGCAGCAGUGGACCAGAUGAGGAGCAUGCUGGAUGAGCUCAGGAAUGCCAGGAUGAAAGACCGAGCCUCACUAAGGGACUCCUACAAAAACCUCAUUGCUGAAAUCAAGGAUCUCCGCAAAGAGAUAAACAAGAUCUUAGACGAGCUGGAGAAAAACACUGUUGAACAGUUGGAUAGUUUGAGGAAAGAUUUAGACCAGAGUUCGAAAGAUGAUUUGGACACUUGUGCCCAUAUGAAUGACCAACUGAAGACCAUGGUGGAUAAACUACAGCAGAUUACUGGCAAACUCAAGGAGACCAAUUCUUACAUCGGGUUUAUAAAAUGUCAAACUAUGUUGAGUAAGACAAAUAGUAUGGUGCAAAAUAUACAGAAAAGGCCAAAAGAAGGAAUGAAGUUCAAAUCUGAUGAAAGCGUUACGCAAUUUCUACGAAACCUUAAUAACCUUGGGAAUGUUGAAAUUGAACUUUCCAUGUCAAAAACAACAGAUACCGUCCAUGUGUAUAAAACUGAAAGUCAAAGUCGCUUUUCAGUGCAAAUAAAAAAAGAUGGAAUACAAUGCAAUAUUUCAGGUAUUUGUGAGUUGCCCAGUGGAGAGGUGGUCAUUUGUGAUUUUAUCAACAACAGAGUAAAGCUUCUGAACCAGCAGUACAAGAUCAUUGAUCAUAAUGAUCUUCCUGCAAGUCCUUGGCACAUGUGUUAUAUUUCUGGCAACGAGGUUGCUGUAGCUGUUAAUGAUUAUAAUGUCCUAUAUGAGGUCCACUUUUUGACGAUGACCAGAGGGCAGCUGCAGGCAGUGAGAAAGUUCACCACAGACUAUCACAUCAGUUACAUUGCCCAUCAUCAGGGCCAGUUGUAUGUAUGCACCGAAAACGUCCUUUACCGAUACACAAUUGAUGGGCAAAUGAAGAACAAAAUAUAUGAUAGCAAGUCUUACCUCAACACAUUGUCCAGUUGUGCUGUUAGUCCUGAUGGGGAGAGAAUUUAUGUUACAAAAAGCUCUGACCAUGAAUUAGUAACACUGGAUAAAGUCGGACAAGUGUUAUAUACAUUUGAAGAUCCUGAAUUACAGACGCCCACUGCACUAUGCGUCAGCCCCAGUGGCCAUGUGUUUGUGUGUGGGUUUGACUCUCGCAUUGUGUUACAGGUAGACCGGGAAGGGAGGCAGAAGUUGGCCACAGUUGUCACAGGGACUGUUUACCCUGAGUCAGUAUGGUUCAGUGAAGCUACCUCCAGCCUCAUUGUUGGGGGUAGAGACAAUAAUAUCAUUGUUGUCAAGCUGUGUUGAACUCUGAGCCAGAUCAGGA